UCUACAUUCAACAGGCUACAACUACGAGUGACAGGCAUGGUACGAGAAAAACACCGCUAAAACUGGAUUGUGGGAGAAAAGAAACACAAGUAACUGCUUAAAAAGAAACUACUGCGAAAAGAAAAACCAGGAUCAGCGUUGUUUAUGACAUCUUUUUAAUAAUCUACCGGUUCAGUCUUAUUUUUUGACUCGUUUCGACUGAAGUAUAAUUACUAAUGUAGCUCUUCUGGAGUGACGAAGUGCGUUGUCGUUCGCUUUCUUUUUUGUUUAUUUCCAACCCUUGCUGUACAUGAGUAAUACUUUUGUCCGGAGGUCUAUGUAAAAGUUGGAUUUGUGUUAUUUUUCUGCUGGUAUUAUGGCCGAAGCAGCCCAGCAACCGUUGGUGGAGAUCGACCCGGAUUUCGAGCCACUCUCACGGCCCCGUUCGUGUACCUGGCCACUACCGCGACCGGAGUUCAUCAACCCGGCCAACUCCAACACAUCAUCACCGGCGCCCUCCGUCAAGCAGGAGCCGACUGGCAAUACCGAUUAUAUCAACAAUCUUAGUUUAUUAGAGGAGACCGAAGACUAUCCGGAGCAGAAGCCCGUCGUCUUGUGCAAUGAUUUCCAGUGCCAAGAGACCUGCAUCCACCAACAGGCGCAGCAACAUCAGCAGCAGCCACAGCAUCCGAGUCCCCAGCUCGGGCACCAGCAACAGGUGGCCCUGCUCUCCUCCCCCGUCGGCUCAGCCUCCACAGUGGCCGCGACCACCGCCGCUCAGCGGAAGAGCAGCUCGUCCCGUCGCAAUGCCUGGGGAAAUAUGUCUUACGCCGACCUCAUCACGAAAGCGAUCGAGAGCUCCCCGGAGAAGCGCCUCACCUUAUCGCAGAUUUACGACUGGAUGGUGAAAAGCGUGCCCUAUUUCAAGGACAAAGGCGACAGCAACAGUUCCGCCGGUUGGAAGAACUCCAUCAGGCACAACCUGUCCCUGCACAGCCGCUUCAUCCGCGUGCAGAACGAGGGCACGGGGAAGAGCUCCUGGUGGAUGCUCAACCCUGAGGGCAGCAAGAGCGGCAAGUCUCCCCGCCGGAGAGCCGCCUCCAUGGACAACAACAGCAAGUUCGCCAAGAGCCGCGGCCGGGCCGCCAAGAAGAAGGUGUCGCUCCAGGGUGGUGCGGAGGGGAGCGCGGACAGCCCGGGGUCCCAGUACAGCAAGUGGCCCGGGAGCCCAAACUCCCACAGCAACGACGACUUCGAUGCCUGGAGCAGCUUCAGGCCACGGACCAGCUCCAAUGCCAGCACGCUGAGCGGCCGCCUGUCACCCUUCCUGCCCGAGCAGGAGGACCUGGUGGACGGGGAGGUGCACCUGGUCUACCCCGGGGGCUCCGGGGCCAAGAUCACCACCCUGCCCAGCCUGUCGGAGAUGACCGGCACCAUGGUGGGUCACCACCCCUCAGAGAACGUCAUGGAGGACCUGCUGGACAACCUCAACCUUCUCUCGCCCAAAAACCCGCAGGGCGUGGGGGCCGGGGGCGGGGGUUCGGGCGGGUCCGCCCAGUCCUCCCCGUCCUCCAUGAUGCAGGCGAGCCCCAGCUACCCGGCCUACAGCUCCCCCAGCCUGGGGUCCCAGCCGGGAGCCCAGCAGGACUACCGAAAGUGCCUCUACGCCCAGGCCGGCCUCGGCCCCAUGCCCCCUAUGGCCCUGCAGACGCUGACGGAGGGCAAGCCUGGGUUCAGCCCCCCCCCGGGGCCGUACAGCUGCCCCGCCGGCCUCCUGAAGGAGCUGCUGACCUCCGACAGCGACCCCCACGGGGAACUCAUGCCCUCCGUGGAGACGGUGGUGUCCCAAUCUGCCGGGGGCCGAAUGCUGACCCCCUACAGCGCCCCCCAGCCGAGCCGAGGAGGGGGCCACCCACAUCCGCACCCCCACCCCCACCCACACUCGCACCCCCACCCCUCCAGGGGCCCGGCCCCCCCCACCUCCGUGGCGAUAAACGGAGGGCGCCCCCUGCUGCCUCCGGCCGGUAUGACGCUCGGGGGAGGUCUGGCCCGACUCGCCACAGUGAAGACCCCCCUGCAGGUCUCCUUCGGACCCUCGGUUCACCUGCCUGGGGGGCUGCUCCCCAACUACUGCACCCCCAACACCAACGGCUACGGACGGGCCGGUAUGCCCCCGCCCCAUCACCACCACCACCACCACCACCUCCACCACCUGCACCCCGAAAAGCUGCCCAGCGACCUGGACGACAUGUCCAUCGAGCGCUUCGAGUGCGACGUGGAGUCCAUCCUCCACGACACACUCAUGGACGGGGACACGCUGGACUUCAACUUUGACCCCAUGGGCGCUCCCCAGGGGUUCCCCCACAGCGUGAAGACCACCACACACAGCUGGGUGUCGGGGUAGAAGCUACGCAAGCGCACACACACAUGUACAGGUUGAAACUUAAAAAUCUCUCAGCCAGAGCUGGAACUUCAUCAGGAAAAUGGAGAGCAGUGACCCAAAGACGGACAAGCCAUCCCCCUUUUCCUCUUCUUCAUCUCAGUCGUUUCUGAAGAGACGAUACACAGCGUUGUUUUUCCCUCUCUUUUUUCCCUCACCUGAGUUGAGAUGUUUGUCCGUUCCCUUCAUUUUUGUCGCGAUGUAAUUUUCUUUUCUUUUUUUUCUUUUCCAUCUAAUCUCCCCGUCGUCAUGGAACUGUAAAGAAAAAUCAAGUGCCAAACGCUUUUGUGUGAACAUCAGAGCCAAGUUUAUGUUUAUGUUUUUAUUUUCCUGUCACAGGGAGGAAAUGGGGGCUAAGCACGCUAAUCGUGCUAACCAUGCUAGCACGACUCUCUCCCUAAAGCUGCAGAAACGCAACAGACACGCAAACCUGUUCACCCCUUUAUAGCUAAGCUUUGGUAUGAUGUAAUGUGCACUUACAUACCUGAGAAGUUGGAAAAACUGGAGUUAGAUAAAAUGUUUAUGAUUAUUUCUGGAAUUGGAAUUACCAUUUAAUGUUUAGACAUUCAGGACAUUUACAACUCAAUUUCUUUUUUACAGUUUUUUUUAUGUCUAAGAAUUUUUCUUAUCUUCUUGCAGUGUACCAGUAGUUCCUCUGUGUGUUGGGUUUUACUUUAGCAUAAAAAGUACCCCUACUGAAAGAGAAAUCCUUAUUUUAAUUGGUUGCAGAUUGGUUGCAGAUUGUCUCCUGUUCCAAUUAACUCUAUUUAAUCAUCAGAGGUGUCAUAUAACCAUUGCUUAGGAGAUUCUCUCUUGCAAUGCUAAUGGGUGGCGCUGUAACAAAUGCUAAUCUAGUCAUCCUGCUUUGGUCAGAGUCGCUGGGUAAACUGGUCUGUGUGUUUAGGGUCUUAAGGGCAGUGUGUACAUGCUGUAUCCGGAGGGCCUGAUCUGAGCCUGCAGGACUCCAUGAAGAAGGCUGAGGGGUCCUGGGUGAGGUUACAUCAUUACACUUUAUUCUUGCAUAUUGUACUUUUUUAAUCAUCUUCAAUAUGCUACAUUAAGAGGUAGCAUGUUUAGUGUUGUACAGCAGUCUUACAGGCAUACCCAUGUAAAUCCGGGACAUAGAUACGUCUUCACUUUGUAAAGCAGAUAAGAAAAGAGGACAAAACUGGAUGACAAUGUUUCGUGUUUCAUUAAGGCGGGAUCCUUCUCAAACCUGAGGUUUUUUCCUUUCUUUUUUUCAAUGAGGCGGUUAACAAGGUUAUUUCCUUUAUAUAUUUUUUCAUGUAAAUAACUGAGACAUAUAUUGAAAAAUAUAUAGAUAUAUUUGAGAUGCAGACAUUAUCCUACAUUUUUACAGAUGUAUUAUUAUUAUUGUUGUUGUUAUUGGAUUAAUUCUAGCUUUUGCCUGACUGGAAGGAACACAUUACCGUACAGUUCUGGUUGUCUAUCUUUUUCACACAAACGGUUUUUGGUCUUAAGCGCCUGAAGGCACCUAAUGGUUGUGAUAAAAUGUGACUUUUGGGGAUUGUCUCACACACACCCAGCUUUACAGGAGUCAGUAAAACUGCUCCGACUGUAGACCGUAGGCGUGAAGCCCCAGUUGUAGAUAUUUGUACUUUUAUUUUUUAAAUGCUGCUUCUCGAUGCCUUAGCCAGUUGCAGGUGCUCUCACACUUAACCCCCCCCCCCCUCCACUGAGUACCCCCCCCCCCCCCCUAUUAAAAAAGAGAAAAGAAUAGAAAGAGUAUGGACAGUUCGUUUCUGCAUGGAGGCCCACAGGUGUGCAGGCUGGAGUGCUGGUGUGUUGGAUGUUGAGUGUUAUUUUAGAACAGGGAUAUAAUGGUUUUGCUCUGUGGGAUGGAGGGUGGGAGAGUGAUGCUGUUCUCUUUCCUGUGGGCUGAUUUAGCUGGGUCCAUGGGGCGGCUGUGUCAGCAAAAAGCAUUCAGCCGUCCAUGUAGUUCUUCUUCUUCUGCCCUCUCUCUCUCUCUCUCUCUCUCUCUCCGUCGUAUCCAAGUCUGUCUGUGCUGUUUUGUUUGUUUUUGUUUUUUGAACCCUUGGAUUUCUUUCAGGUGGAAUAUCACACUGUGCCUCUCUGCCACCUCCUCCACCCCCUAACCAACUGUUUUAUUCUGUUUUCUACCUCUCCGUCUCUGUUUCUCUCUCCCUCUCCCCUCUCUCUGUCUCUCUCUCUCUCUCUCUCUCUUUCUCGUUGGCCCUCUGAGCUCAGCCUACACGUGAAGGUUUCUGUUCACGCAGGAGUAAUGAUGUGAAACUCUGUGUAGAGGAGAGAGGUCCCCCCCCCCCCCCCAACCCCCGGCCUGGGAAGUGUUACUAAUCCAGUAGAGCGUGUACAUUGCAUUUUAGGAGUUCAUGUUUUUUUUCUUUACAUUUUUGAAGACUUUUUUUUAUUUUUUAAGAAUGCGUACUGUUUGUUAAAGAAGACAUAUGCGUGUACAUACACAUAGAUGUUCUUGUAUGUAUAUAAAUAUAUAGAUAUAUAUAUUUAAAAGAAACAUAUUCUUUGUUUUAGCAUAUCAUUAGGGAGUCCUCCAGUAAAUGUAGAUUCAUUUAAAGUAGCCAGACCCCGCUGAGUUCAUUUUUUGUUUGUCGAGCUCUGUUUCCGAGUUUAAAACGUAAUGAAAUGUAGAUGGAAACAAGCCUGUGGUGCGUUUGGUGCUUAUUGAAAUUAAGCAGAAAUGUAAAAGAAGGAAAAGCUAAAGCUAACACUUUUAAAAUUCCUGGCUCAAAGUUAAGGACAAAGCACAUUGUGGUUUGAUUGAAUAUACGCCCGAAGGGCAAAGCAUGGGCUAGUCACUCUGGCGUCUGCCUGAAUUAAAUAUCCCAGUCUGGAAUGGAAAUAAAAUGUGGCUGUAUAUGAUUUUUAUUCCUAGUGACUUGCAGGUAUUAAUGAAAGUUUAUGAAACUGACAAAUUUAACAAUGGCAUCAUCAAAUGUUUGGAGAAAGGAGUUUGAGACAGCUAGCAUCCGUGUGUUAGCAUCUGUGCUAACCACGCUAAUCCCACUCUUGCACCUGAAGGCAAACGAGGGAGGUUGCCGCAGUUGAUAUUUCAGUCACAUGGUGUACGAACGCACAGGUGUGCAGUGGUCCCUCAUUUCAGACCAUACAGGUGAAUCUGCUGUGUGCUCAAAAGCACAAGCCCUUUACGUGCACAGCUAACAGAAUAACUAUACAGAGAUUUUACAUAAAAAAAAGAAUCAGAUAUAUAUAAAUAUAUAUUAUUACAAUGUGUAAAUGAUUGCUUUGUGAAUUGUGGAAAUUAUAUCACCUAUGCAUUCUUGUUCUUUUUUUGUUUGUUUGUUUGUACUGAUGGUUAAAAAUGAAAAAAGGUUAUAUUGUAACAUAGAGUCGUGGAGAUAUUUCAUGUCGAUGUCAUAAUUGUAUUUGUUUUGAAUAGUAUAUGAAAAAAUGAAGUAUAUUUAGACAUUAGAUGAUGCAAUGAUUCAAGUGCUUUGCUUUUUUUUGGUAAACUGACACUGUUGUUUUUAACUGCAGUUUAUAAGAAAACCUAAAAUGUAGAAAAAAGAAGCUUAUUGUCAGUAGUAUAAAAAAAACAGCUGUCUGUUGGAGACAAUCCCCGUUCAGAACAUGGACAUUUGGACCAAUUUUUUAUAGACUGAGAAAAUAAAUGUAUUGCACUUCUUUAUUACCAGUGCUAAUGGACAGAGAAGAAAUGGUUACUUAUUUUGAAAUCAAGCUGUUACAUCUUUAAACUCAUGUACAGUAAAAGCAUUAAAAUUUUAGCAUACAAUUUUCAAUCAGAAAUAAAAAGUAAAUAAGUGAUGUAUGUAUUUAGUAAGAAAUAAUGAAAAUAAACAUCCAUCUAUUUAAGACCGAGGUGUCGUUGUUUUGGAAGGGAAGGGAUUGAGAAAAUAUAUGUUCCAACAGCCAGGUCUGUGCUGAUCUGACGUUUAAUCUGCUGCUGUUCACAGGAUGUGGUCCGGAGGUAACGACGAAAAUCCUUGUGAAUAAUUACUGCCUCAUUAACGGAAUAAAACAUUUUUUAAAGGUUUUUUAGCCUUAGCAACAGUGCUCUCAGAGAGCCGAUGCAGGAUACAACUGUAUUAUACUGCAACACAAAUCAGAAAACAAACUUGUACAAGGACAGUCUUUGCAGUUGCUGUAUGAAGCCAUAUGUAUACAUAAAUUAUGUUACAAAAAAUA